AUGAACUCUUCAAUUAAAUUUCCUGAAAAUGAUGAAAUUGCAAAUCAUAAAAUGAAAGCCCUGGAACUUAAUGCUAAUUAAUUUUAAGCAUAACUUAAAGUAUGUUUAGAAGACUAUUAAGCCUCUCUUUAACGAAAACACUAAAUUAAAAUAGCAUGUUAUAGGCCUUAACUUCUUUAUUGAGGAGCGAAAAUUGUAACUCAGCAAUUUAAUCAGCGAUACCGGACCUAAUGGGGAAGAUAGGGUUUUGGUUAAGGCUGUGGCUGAUUUCAAAUAAAUUUGUGAUCUUUUAGAGGGUACGACAUUGUAAUUAUGUAGAGGAGAUACUUAGACUGAAUAACACCAUUGUUGAGAACACUAAUGAUAAUUCCAAACUAUAAAUAGUUAUAAAAUAGUUGAAGGAGAAAUUGUAAUGCGAGACAGAUCGAUUUUUUUAAGAGAAACAGUCAUUGAUAGAUUAAAAUCGGCGUUUAAAUGAAUAUCAUAAAUAACAGUCAAUCCACUGGGAAUAAAAUGUAAACAGAAUGGUAUUACAUAAUAACUUAAGGUUAGAAAAUGAAAAUUGAAGAUAUAUGGUCAAGGAAUUUGCAAUUAGAAUAGAAAAUCAACAAUAUCCAUAAGCAUUACAAAUAUUAAUUAGAGGAGAGAUCUCUCAUUUAGAAUUAAUUGCUCAUGUAAUUGAAUUUGGAAAAAUAAGAGUAGUUGGAGAAGUUUGAAAAUGAAAGAAGAUCUUAUUUAUAAUAAUUGGAGAUGUUUAGUAACAAAUUGAAUGAGAGCAAAGCAAUAUUGAUUAAUGAAUAUGAGUAUAAGAUCUAAUCCUAAAAGAUGAAAUUGGAAAAUCAGAUUCAAAAAUUGACGGAUGAUUGUUCAGACUACAGAACUAAGUUUCUCAACAUCAUUGAAAAAAAUAAAAUAUUAUAAUACUAAAUCGAAAGGUAAGCACCUUAAUUUGAAGCUUUGGAGAAGGAAAUCUAAGAUCAGAAAUACAAAGUCUUCCUUUGUGAUGAAACCAUUAAAACAAAGGAUGGCACUUUAUAAUAGAAACAAGUUCUUAUUGAUUAAUUAAAGUAUACAUUAAUAUUAUUUAGUGAGCAGAUUAAAAAACUCAAAUAAGAAAAGGGACUAUAUGGAAUGAGGGAACACUCAAAGAAGUAGGGAUCAAACACAAAUUAGAAUAAAACACAAUCUCCAGAUAAGAUCCAUUAAUAAACUAAGUAAUCCUAAAUUCAAAGACAAGGAACUAAAUAGAGAGAACAAAUCAGACAACCCAGCAAUCCAGAUUCUUAGAUUCAUUCUUCUGCAUAAAGAAAAUAUCAAUCAAAAUAAGAUUUUACAUUUGAAGACACAACCAUUGAAUAAUAUGUUGAAAAUAAUAAAUAAGAGAUGAUGUAAACGAUGUAAUAAUCGAAAGAAUAGUCAAGAACUUCUUCAGUCGAUGAAACCCAAAAUUCUCCAAUCCCUUUUAUUAAAAUAGUUAAUAAUGAAAUGCAAAGAACCAAUAAUACUGAUUAGUUUUAAUAACACUUAGCUGGAAACAAUCAGUCCUUAUCAGUAACACAAGGAGCUUGGAGUCUAUACAAUGAAGUUGCAAUCCAAUGUGAUUUAAGUUAAAUCAUAGAUUCUACUAAAAUAUCAAAUUAUGAAAUCUAAAUUGCUAAGCUAAAUGAUGAUUUCCUUAGAUAAAAGGACGAAUAUGAGUUUCAUUUAAAGUGCAAAGAAGAUGAAAUAAUUGGAAUCUAAGAGUAAAUCAAAUUACAAAAGAGUGUGUUUGAAUCUAAUUAAGAAAAAUAAUUGAAAGAUAUCCAAAGAUAAUAGCAAGAGGAUCUAAUUUAAAAAGAUAAUGCAAUUAAGCAAUUAGAAUUGGUAUUGAUUGAAAAAGAUGCCAAAAUUUAAAUGUAACUUGACUCAGAGAAUAUCUAUUAAGCAGUGAUAGACUAAUUAAACAAUAAACUUAACUAAGUAGGCUUUGGUCAAAAUGACCUUAUUCUUAAAUUCUAGGAUGAUAUCAAAUAAAUGGAAGUUGAACAUUAGAUAGAAUAAAAAAGAUUAUUGGAUGUGAAUGAGAAAUUAAAAUAAACACACAAACAAGAAAUUGAGAAUUUGAAUAAUUAACAUCAAUUAGAUUAAGAAUAAUUGAUAUAAGAGAAAACAAGAUUGCAAGAAUAAUAGGUAGAACAUGAACAUUAUAUCAGAUCAACAAAUGAUCUUUUAGAAUAAGCUAAAUCAAAAGAGUUUCUAUUGGAUAAUUAUAGAAGAGAAUUGUUAAAAACUAAUGAAAUUGUCAAGUAUCUUUCUUUAGAGAUCGAGAACUAUAAAAAAAUCAAUAAUAUUUUCAGAUCCAAAAAUGAACACUCCUCUAAUAACUUUUUGUAUAAUGGAAUGGGGUUUCUUCCUACUGAAGUACAGGAUAAAAUAAAAUAAAAAAUGAUAAAAGCUAAACAAAAGAAAUAACCUUCUAAUAUUUUGAAAGAUGUUUAUGCUAUGAAUUUUCAAUUAUAAAAAGGAGCAAAAAUGAAAUCUGCUAAGUUGGUUGCCAUGAAUGCAAAUAGUUUAGAUCAAAAACAAUAAAAGUUAAUAUAUUUAUUAAUUAUUUAUAGAGCAGAUGUAAAAUUCAAACUCGAGACUUUGAAUGAACUUAAUGAUUCUUUGCCCAAGAUUAAUUCCAAGAAUGUUUAAGAAUGCCCCGAUCGAUCAGCCUCAGAUCGAAAGCAUAAGAUAAUUCAUAAAAAUCUAAGAUCAAGUAAAUUCUAGAAAUUAUUAUUAGAAACUCAACAAGAAGAUUAUACGGAUAGUGAUCCAAAACGAAUGUUACAAGAUAUCAAUUCAAGAGAAAUAUUAUUAAUCUAAAGCAGCUAGAUGUUACUUUCAUAAAUCAAAUUUUAACCUUAUGAUAAAAAAAACUCCAGUCUAAUAAAGAAAAACAACCACAGUACUUCAAAAAUUUGA